AUGGCUGGAUUGCCAAGGUCAGAUGUGUCUUUUAGAAGAUCAGGGUCAUCAGGACUUGUUUGGGAGGAUAAGUUGUUAUCUGGGGAGCUUAAGCCAAGAGAUGAAAUAGAGAGAGAGAAAAGAGAGCAACAAAGAUCAGAGCCAAAGCCAUAUAGGACCGUCGAGGUUGCAACCACAAUCGACCCUCCGUCACCAAAGGUCUCCGGCUGUGGUGGCAUCUGUGCCAUGUUUGCCAAAAACACCACCACCACCUCCACCCAGAAACCAACAAGAACCGGCCACCGCAAGUCGUGA